AUGUCACUUGCGAAGCGAUUUCGUUUCACGCCAAAUAGGCACACAUGCUAUGCUAUACUGCAACUGUUAUGCUAUAAAGAAGCAAAUUUAGAUGGUGAACAUAUUAUUUAUGAAGCUAUUCAAUAUGAUGAAACAAAUAAUUAUAUGUGUUUAUUUUUUAUGCUAUAUGUGAAGUCGAAAUAUUAUUUGUCAGUAGAAUGGAAACAAAUUGGGGAUGAAAUGUUGGAUUUGUAUAGAACGCGUAUGGCAAUAUUUUGUUUUCAUACAGCUCGAUUGUCAACCAAUGAAUUUGUAAAUCAUUUAGAUGCAUUGAGCUCUGAUAACAAUUAUAAUAAAGUGGCAUCACUAUUAAUUAUAUUAGAUAAAAUAAUGUCAUACAAUGAUUUAAUGAAAAUAUAUUGUAACAAAACGAUCUAA